CAACAACUAGGAACAUAUAUCUUUUAUCCUUCACCAAUCUUCUAUCACGAUUUUAAACUAAAUUGUUUACGGUCAUUCUAUCUGGAAAAGAGAAACGAACAUAACAUCAACUACUAACACGCUACUCUUUACAUAUAUCGUAUACGGAUUCCUUUAAUCAACAACGUCUCUAUUCGAAAUGAUUGGAAUGAUAGGGUGGAUCUGUAUUCGACGUUCAUUCAAUGUUUGAAAACGAAAUCAACUUCAUUUCAGUUCUUUUUAUAUAUGCUCUUCGUCUUCUUGUGAAACAUGAUGGAAAAACUUGGAUGAGCUUUUGACAACACGUGACAUCUAGACAGUAACAACAGAAUUUUUUUUUUUUCAAAUGUAUACUCUUCAAUCGUGGAAUAAUGUCAAUUGGAAAGACUUUUGUUCAUUGAUUCCUUCUUCCAAAAAGAAUCAAGCGACAAUCAAGCGACAAUCAAGCGACACUGGAAAAACGGAAAACGAUCUGCAAAACAAAAAGUUUACCAUAUACGAUAUUUUUUGGAUCGAAUCAUGCAUGAAGAGGCGGAAUGGAAAACCUUUGAAUAGUUCAUCAUAUUUGUGUCGGAUAAUAUUUCGAAAUUCAUUUGCUUUCCUUGCUAUAGUUUUAGUAUUGGUAUACGUCAGUAUUAGUACAGUAUAUGUGGUUAGUGAUUCGGGUGAAAAUGAUAUUAGUGGUUACUCAAUAAAUAUGGAACUAGAUGAUGAUGAUGAAUUGAUGAUGGUGAUGGGACGAUGGAAUGACGAGUGA